GCUCUUAAAGCAGCUAAGGCCUCCCUCCUGGGGCAGACAUCAGCUGGCCUUUGAGCUGGGAGAAGGAAGGAGAAGCAGGCCCCAGACCCUGGAACCCUGAGUCACGAUGGUCUGCUCCAAGAUAGCAGAUAAUUCCUUGGCCUCUCUGAAGUUUAAACUACACAAGAAUUUCGACACAUGGCUUGAUGAUAUCCUAAAUCCACAUGCAAAAAAGGGACAGAUCCUGCAGAGCACAGUGAAGUUCCAGGACCAAAUCAGCAAGGACAUUCUGGACACCAUGGAUGUUAUUUACCAGAAGAGCAACCCUGACUCCACUCCCCUCCCUCCUGAUGCAAAGAAGAAACUUCAGAGAGCAUUACAGGAUCCUGAUGAUGAGGGUCCAGGGGUCCAGAAGCCCAAGGAGACCUUCGGGGACAAGGUAGCAGAAAAUCCCUUGGAGACUCUGCAGCCUAAACUAGACCAGGGGAACCAAACCCAGGCAGAGAAGAAGAAAGAGGAGUUGCUGAGUCAGAAGGAGGGUGAGGAGGUGUUUGGGGAAGUGGUAUUAAAGCUUUUUCAAGAUAUUCUGAGAAUCGUGCAGAAGAAGUGUGAGGCCCUGCUGACCUGGAUGAAGCAGACCUUGGGUGGCAUCAUGGAAUCCGUGUAUAAGGCUCUCCAGGAAUUCUGCAGCUACCUGGCAAAGUACUUCUCAGGGGUCUAGGGAGGCCAAGUCUACCCAACCCCAGGAACCUCGCCUCUUGCAGUUGAGUGUUCGGAAGAUUCCCUGUGCUCAGCCUCACUUGCUUUACUGGCCUUCAUCCAGGCCCUUCAGCACCCUGUGCACCACCUCCUGGCCCACCCCUCCCUGACCUGUUGCUCCUUCCAUGUGUAAUAAAAGUUGCUUUAACAGAAUCAAGUCCAUCUUGAA